AUGGCUAUAGUGGAAACAGUUGGGGAAUCAGGGUCUUGCAGUGAAGCAGGAGUCAAGAGAACAGAUCUGCUCUCAGUGGGUACAGGUUGCAAGAAUGUUCACUAUGACCUUGUCUUCAUCUUGGAUGCCUCCUCCAGCGUUGGAAAAGAAGAUUUUGAGAAAGUUCGGCAAUGGGUGUCUAAUUUGGUGGAAACUUUUGAGAUUGGCCCAGACAAAACCCGUGUAGGUGUGGUGCGAUAUAGUGAUCGUCCAACCACGGAGUUUGACCUGGGAAAGUACAAAACCCGUGAGGAAAUCAAAGAGGCUGCACAAAAAAUUAAGUAUUAUGGGGGUAAUACAAACACUGGAGAUGCUCUCAGGUACAUCAACACCUACAGUUUUUCCAAAGAAGCUGGUGGGAGACUUAGUGAUCGAACUGUCAAAAAGGUGGCUAUCCUUCUGACUGAUGGAAGGAGCCAGGAUUAUGUUUUGGAUCCAGCCACUGCAGCCCAUCAAGCUGGGAUUCGAAUCUUUGCUGUAGGUGUUGGAGAAGCCUUAAAAGAGGAACUUGAUGAGAUUGCUUCAGAACCCAAGUCUGCUCACGUGUUUCAUGUCUCCGAUUACAACGCUAUCGAUAAAAUUCGGGGGAAGCUGAGAAGACGUCUCUGUGAAA